AUCGGAGUUUUACCACCCCUAUUUUUUGAGCUCUGUGCACGUUGUAUGAGAAAAAUUUAUGCAGAUGUAUUCGCCAAUUUGUAUUCAUCGCCAGCCACGUUAAAAGGAAGAACGUGUAUGUGAAUACGACCUGCAGAGGAUCUUAGCGAAGGAUUCAGGAGCCCAAAUUCUCAAUCCCCAUCCCACACACACACAUAUACUCGCACGUAGGCACGCUCUCUGUGAGAGGAAGGGUAAAUAAAAGAAGCAACGAGCAAAAUGUCUGGCGAGGAAACGUCUGCCGAUCGCAAUGUCGAGAUCUGGAAAAUCAAGAAGCUCAUCAAGAGCCUGGAAAUGGCCCGCGGCAAUGGAACCAGCAUGAUUUCUUUGAUUAUUCCGCCAAAGGAUCAAAUCUCGCGCGUCAGCAAAAUGUUGGCCGAUGAGUUUGGAACGGCGUCGAACAUCAAGUCGCGUGUAAAUCGCCUGUCCGUCCUCGGUGCCAUUACGUCGGUACAGCACAGACUCAAAUUAUACACCAAAGUGCCUCCCAACGGUUUGGUCAUCUACUGCGGCACAAUAGUCACAGAGGAGGGCAAGGAGAAGAAGGUGAACAUAGACUUUGAGCCAUUCAAGCCCAUAAACACGUCGCUCUACCUCUGCGACAACAAGUUCCACACGGAGGCCCUCACUGCCCUGCUCGCCGACGACAACAAAUUUGGAUUCAUCGUGAUGGACGGUAAUGGAGCGCUGUUCGGUACCCUUCAGGGCAACACCCGCGAGGUGCUCCACAAGUUCACCGUCGAUCUGCCGAAGAAGCACGGUCGUGGUGGUCAGUCCGCCCUUCGUUUCGCCCGUCUGCGUAUGGAGAAGCGCCACAACUACGUGCGGAAGGUCGCCGAGGUAGCCACCCAGCUCUUCAUCACGAACGACAAGCCCAACAUUGCCGGACUCAUCCUGGCUGGUAGUGCGGACUUCAAGACUGAGCUCAGUCAGUCUGAUAUGUUCGAUCCUCGUUUGCAAUCAAAAGUCAUCAAGCUGGUGGAUGUGUCGUAUGGUGGGGAAAACGGUUUUAACCAGGCCAUUGAACUGGCGGCCGAAUCAUUGCAGAACGUGAAAUUCAUACAGGAGAAGAAACUCAUUGGUCGCUACUUUGAUGAAAUUUCUCAGGAUACUGGCAAAUACUGUUUUGGAGUGGAGGACACUUUGCGGGCACUGGAACUUGGCUCUGUGGAGACCCUCAUUUGUUGGGAGAACCUGGAUAUUCAACGUUAUGUUCUCAAGAAUCAUGCCAACUCGACGUCAACGACAGUAUUACAUUUGACGCCCGAGCAGGAAAAGGACAAGUCGCACUUCACUGACAAGGAGAGCGGGGUAGAAAUGGAGCUGAUUGAGUCUCAGCCGCUGCUGGAAUGGCUGGCAAACAACUACAAAAUGUUCGGCGCCACACUGGAGAUUAUCACGGAUAAGUCCCAGGAAGGAAGUCAGUUCGUGCGAGGUUUCGGCGGAAUCGGCGGCAUUUUGCGCUAUAAAGUAGAUUUCCAAUCCCUACAGGCCGACGAGCCGCUGGAGGACGUCGAUCUCGAUGACUAUUAAGCCUAUUAAGGGUGGGCUGCGAACGGGUCUCGAUUAUGCGUUACAUACAUAAUAAACCAGUACUUUUUGGGAAACCUCGUAAAGCAAAACGUUCAAAUUGAUUAGGAACCAAUUUACUUGCCACAUAGUUUUACCUAUGUUCAGCGUAGCCGUUCAAUAUUUAUCACCAAUAGGGUCCCCCUCAUCAGUCGGAUGGUGCAUUUCCUUGUCGAUCAGAUCAGCGUGCAUCUAGAUAUGUACCUAUACGUUUUACCAAAUUUUUUAAAUAGUCGUGCACCAGGCGAAAGCGCGUGCGAGGUUACUUUUAAGCAGCAAAUUAAAUUCGUAUUUCGUACUCGUAAUUCGUAAUUUGUAAUUCAAUUGUCAUGUAAAAGCGAUGCGAUAGAUAUUAGCGCAUUCUCCGUUCAUCCGGUUCGGUUUCGACUGCGGUUUUAGGAGCAAAAGAUCUUCGGUGAACAUGCCACAUGCCACAUGCCACUUUCGAACGUAUCUGCAUUUCCCCUAUUCAAAUUACAGCCGAGUGUUAUAAGAAAGUAUACAAAUCUAAUCCAUAAAAUUGUAAUAAAAAUUAAACCAGAAUAAAAACACCACACAUAAUGAG